UUUAAUAUGAUCAGGAGGAGCAGUAGAAAUCUCAAAUAUACUAAUUAUUCCGAGUACAAUUUAAAGAACGUCUGGGUGUCAGAUCAGAAACGACUAGAAGCUAUUGAAAGGCUUAUGAUUGCUGAUAAGAAUUUCAAACUAACAAGUCUAAAAGUAAACCCGAUUUAUAAACCCAUAUUUGAUAAAUUGGAUGCCAGGGCUACUAAGGAGAUCCAGAGGUUGGAAGAUAGCUACUUAUGGUCACCUAGUUAUACCAAGAGUGAAUAUAAGCAUAUGUUCUCGCAGCCACUCUUCUUUCAUACAAUUCUGGUUGGGCUCUUCUUGUACUUCGGAGUGAGGUACAGGAUUUACCUAAAUUAUAUUUAAAAACGAUAGGAAGCUUGAGUUCGCAGAGAAAUUGAAUAUUGAUUUAGAAGACAUUGAUAGUUACCCAAAAGCAGCCCUUGAAAUGUUAGUAGAGAGGAAGAAAUAUGAUGCUUAUAUUGAGAAAAAAGAUGAAAAGAUUACCCAAAUUGAGGACUCCUUCCAUAAAUAUGCUGAAGAAAGGAUCCUGAGGGUAGCAGAAAUGAGAAAGAAGAGAGGCCUUAGAGACUCAGAUUACUCUUAAUUUCUAUUUUAAACGGAA